GUUAGUGGUUAGACGUUGUUGUGAAUACCAAGUUCUCUAAUUCUCUAAUACGGACUUAAUGGAUACAAACAAAGGAGAUUAAUGAUAUUAAAAGCGUCGCUGGUGGAUUUACAUAUACAUAUUAUAAUGUAGUGAACGGGUGAGAAUCGUCUUUGUCCAAACGUCCAGCUCAGGAUUUACACGGUAAAGUGCAGAAGCUCUGUUAAAUGAAGUGGACAUGGAUCACACCGGUUCUGGACUACAUGCAAUUUACCAUUUGUUCCUUAUAUGCCUCUCAGUUUGCCCUCUGUGCUCUCAGGGAAGUUGGAUGUGGUUGGGCAUCACAUCUGUAGGAGUGCCCGAGAAGAUGGGGUGCGCGCAUUUGCCCCUAUCGCACAAACAGAAGGAGCUGUGCACGCGCAAACCGCACCUUCUACCGAGCGUUAAAGAGGGCGCGCGCCUGGGCAUCACCGAGUGCCAAACGCAGUUCAAGCACGAGCGCUGGAACUGCUCGACCCGACGGGACCCAUCCGUGUUCGGCAACGAGCUCAUCAGUGGGACGAAGGAGACAGCGUUUAUCUAUGCAGUAAUGGCUGCUGGAUUGGUUCACGCAGUCACUCGUUCUUGCAGUGCGGGAAAUAUGACAGAGUGUUCAUGUGAUACCAGCCUAUUGGGCAGCGGUUCGCUCACAGAGGGCUGGCACUGGGGCGGCUGCUCAGAUGACAUCGCUUACGGGAUGUGGUUCAGUCGGCGCUUCAUCGACAAUUCUGUGAAGAACAUAUCAGCCCGUGGGGAGGAUGCACUGCACACUAUGAACCAGCAUAACAGUGAAGCUGGGAGACAGGCAGUGGCUAAGACAAUGUUGACUGACUGCCGUUGUCAUGGCGUGUCAGGUUCGUGUGCGGUUAAGACAUGUUGGCGCACAAUAGCAGUGUUCGAGCGUGUGGGGGUCUACUUGAAGGAGCGCUAUGAGACCAGCGUUCAGGUUGUGGACCGGACCAAACGUAAAGUGAGACGUAAGGACAAAGAACAGCGCCACAUGCCUAUCACCAAAGAAGAGCUAAUCUUUCUUAACAAAUCGCCCAAUUACUGCUUGGAGGACAAACGACUGGGUGUGAUGGGGACCAGGGGCCGCAGGUGUAACAGAACUUCAGCCGGGCCGGAUGGCUGUAACCUGCUGUGCUGUGGGAGGGGCUACAACACACACGUGGUACGACACGUAGAACGCUGCGAGUGCAAGUUCGUAUGGUGCUGUUAUGUUCGGUGUCGACGUUGUGAGACAAUGAAUGACAUACACACUUGCAAGUAGAGCGACUACGGUUGAAGGUGAGCAAAGAUAAGCUCUCACUAGACAUGAUAAGAGGAAAAACUUUGUGAGAGAAAGUAGAGCUGUGGAGGAUCAUCUUUACACUGUCAACCAAGCCCCUUAAGGCUGAGAAAAACAAGCAUGUUGACAAAAUAUCCAUGGCAACCAAUUUUUUGCUAUGAUCCAUUCAAUGCAUAACUCUUCCCAUGGGCUUCAAAUGGGAAUUAAGCCAUGUUGUAUAUAUAUUAAUGACUAUGGAAUAUAACUGGAACAUAAAGGGAACUGAAAUACUGCAUUAUAAGUAACUGCAAAGUGUAAAUAAUAAUACAUGUUUUGUCUGUAUUGAGAGUGAAGGGAAGCAUCCCUCUUCAAGACUCUAAGGCAUUUAACAGAUUGGCUCCUUCAGUUGAGUCUGAACUAAUGUGAUUGUUAUGAAGCAAUGUAGAAUGUAUGCCAAAAUAUUUUUGAUACAAUGUUUUAUAUUGCAGGUUCCAAAUGAGAAUCCCUUGAAUAAAUGAACAUAAAUAAUUCCAACCCAUGUUGCAUUCCCAAAGAUGCAGUCAAAGGAAUUCCAGGUUCAAUUCAUGUUAAGCUCAAUUGAUAGAAUUUGAGGUAUAUGUUAAAUAAUUACAAAAUAUUUGUGACUUUUCUUUCAAGAUAUCUGAAAAAUCUGAAUUACAGUUUGUGACAAAGUGGAGUGCGGGGCCGGGAGGACACAUGCCCGGCCCAGAAUCGGGCUAAUCAGCCGAGAUGGGGAUAAAGACGAGCCGGAGGGGCCAUUUUGAGAGAUGGAGAGCCACAUGCACCCGCUGUGUGUGUGUGUGUGUGUGUGUGUGUGUUUAAGUUGAUUCAAGUUCAUUUAUGAUAUUAAAACUACGCUGAUUGUUCAGUCAGUUCCCGCCUCCUCCUUGCCCUCCUUAAU